UGUGUUAAUUUAGUAAAAAAUAAAGUUAACCGCGCGUUCCGUAAUUCCACUCACACACAUACCAACACCCAAGCAGCAGCAGUAGCCGCAGCGGAUUAAAACUUCGUCACUCUAGCAACAAACAGAAAAAAAAACACCUACAAAAAUGGCCGAUCAGCUGACAGAGGAACAGAUCGCCGAGUUCAAAGAGGCAUUCUCGCUAUUCGACAAAGACGGCGAUGGCACCAUCACAACAAAGGAGUUGGGCACAGUCAUGCGCUCCCUGGGCCAGAAUCCCACAGAGGCCGAGCUGCAGGACAUGAUCAACGAGGUUGAUGCCGACGGCAACGGCACAAUUGACUUCCCUGAAUUCCUUACAAUGAUGGCACGCAAAAUGAAGGACACCGAUAGCGAAGAGGAGAUCCGGGAAGCCUUCAGAGUGUUCGACAAGGACGGCAACGGCUUCAUCUCGGCGGCCGAGUUGCGUCACGUGAUGACAAAUCUGGGCGAGAAACUCACAGACGAGGAGGUCGAUGAGAUGAUCCGGGAGGCUGAUAUCGAUGGCGACGGUCAGGUCAAUUACGAAGAAUUCGUGACUAUGAUGACAUCGAAGUGAAGCGUUAAAUUAUUUCUUUUUAAGCCUUUCUAUUUUUUUAAGAUGUUGACGAAGACUGUAGCUGUGCGCAAUAACAUCGCGCCACGCUGUUGCUAUGGACCCCAGUAAAAGAUCUUAAAAAAAAAAACAACAACAACAAACAACAAAGAGUUAAG